ACUCCAGUUCAUCUCUCCCAUGUAUUUUGUCUCCUUCGUCCUCACCGCCCAGUUCGUACUCAUCAACGUGGUGGUGGCUGUGCUCAUGAAGCACCUGGACGACUCAAACAAAGAGGCCCAGGAGGAUGCUGAGAUGGAUGCAGAGAUUGAGCUGGAGCUAGCCCAGGGACAACUCCAACUACCCACCUGCUGCAUGGGGGGGCUGGGCACUGGGCUGGUCGUGGCUGGGGCCUCUGGAGCGCCUGGUGAUUUGACUAGAUUUUUCAAUGAAUAUUAA